CAUUCUCUGUUGCGGUCCAUGUCCAAUCAUUCUUCCCUGGUGAGCGAGUUCAUCUUUGUCGGUUUCUCUGGGCUGCCGCACCUGCGAAUGCUCCUUUUUGCACUGGUCCUUUCCAUGUACACUGUGUCGCUCGCAGGGAAUUCCAUCAUCACCACCGUGAUCAAGUUAAACCCGGCCCUCCACACCCCCAUGUACUUCUUCUUGACGAACCUGUCUCUGCUGGAAAUAUGCUACACCACAGCCAUUGUCCCCAAGAUGCUGGCUAACCUGUUGUCUGAGAAUGGGAGGAUCUCUCUCUGGGGCUGCGCUACCCAGAUGUACUUUUUCACUCUCUUUGGCAUCACGGAAUGCUGUCUCCUUGCUGCUAUGGCUUACGACCGCUAUGUGGCCAUUUGCAACCCACUGCGGUACAGUGUUGUCAUGAACCGAGGCGUCUGUGCCCAGCUUUCAGUGGCCUCAUGGUCGGUGGGAGUGAUGGUUGGACUGGGUCAAACGAACUAUGUCUUUAGCCUGACUUACUGCGGGCCCAACAGGAUCAACCACUUCUUCUGUGACAUCCCUCCUCUCCUGACGCUAGCAUGUGGCGAUACUUCAAUGAACGUUGUUGCAGUCUAUAUGGUGGCUGUACUUUUCAUCACGGCCCCUUUCCUUCUGAUCCUCACGUCCUAUGUAUACAUCAUCACCUCUAUUUUGAGGACGCCCUCAGCCGAGGGCAGGCGCAAGGCCUUCUCCACUUGCUCAUCCCAUCUCAUCGUUGUCUCCCUGUUCUACGGUUCAGGCAUCAUUACGUACCUUAGGCCCAAAUCCAGCUACUCGGCGUCGAGCGACAAGCUGCUGGCCCUGUUCUACACAGUUGUGACCUCCAUGUUGAACCCCAUAAUCUACAGUUUGAGGAACAAGGAGGUCAAAGUGGCCUUGAUGAAAACCAUGGGUAGGAAACUAUGUUGUGUGGAAUGUAAAAAGUGA